AUGACUGAGAUGAUUCUCAGGGAGGCCGUCACCAAAGCGCUCCGUGAGGCGCUGGAGGACGACCGCGUCUUUAUAAUGGGUGAGGACAUUGGCGCCUAUGGCGGCGCCUACGCCGUAACUCGCGGCUUCCUCGAUGAAUUUGGUCCUGAGCGCAUAAUGGAUACGCCGAUAUCCGAGUCAGUCAUCGUGGGCGCGGGAGUCGGAUCAGCAUUGGCUGGCCUGAGGCCCAUCGUCGAGUUGAUGACCAUCAACUUCAGCCUUGUCGCGAUCGACCAGAUUGUGAACCACGCCGCGAAGCUCAGGUACAUGUCUGAUGGUCAAUUCUCGGUUCCGCUUGUCAUACGCACGGUUACUGGUGGCGGAGGUCAGCUUGCCGCAACCCAUUCUCAGAGCUUCGAGAACUGGUACGCUUCUGUGCCAGGGUUGAAGGUCGCCGUGCCGGCAACACCUUACGAUGCUCUGGGACUGUUCCGCGCCGCGAUGAAGGACGAUAAUCCCAUUUUAUUUGCAGAACACUCCCUGCUGUAUGGCAUGCGUGGCGAAGUGCCCGAUGAAUGGUAUGAGAUUCCAUUUGGUCAAGCGGACAUCAAACGAAAAGGCAAUGAUGUGACAAUCGUUGCGUACUCUCGCAUGACUCAUGUGGCUCUACAAGCUGCUGCGAUGCUUGAGGAGAAAGGCAGACAAGCGGAAGUCAUUGACCUUCGCACACUGCGACCAUGGGACAAGGAAACAGUGUUAGAAUCCGUUCGUAAGACGAACCGUGUCGUUGUUGUCGAGGAGACUUGGAAAACUGGUGGCUUCAGCGGUGAGAUUGCCAGCACUAUACAGGAAGAAGCAUUCGAUGACCUCGACGGCCCAGUUGCGCGGGUGGGAGGCCUAGAUGUGCCGGCGCCUUAUAACGGCACUCUUGAGGCGGCGGCGAUUCCGAAUUCAGAGAGGAUCAUCAAGGCCUUAUCGGACAACUACGGCAUCUGA